AUGAUUCACGUGCUUGAGAGUGUUUUUUCGACAAUUUUUUGGUCAUUCUGGAUAGUCUCUUUUACGUCUGUAUUUAUUUUGUUGAUGCUGGGUUUAAAAUUACCGACGGUAUCAAGAUUGGAAUGGUGGCAAGGACCGAGUCCGAUCUAUCAGAUAUACCCGAAGUCAUUUCAAGAUUCGAACGGCGACGGUAUUGGGGAUUUGAAAGGCAUACAGAAAAGGUUGGGAUAUUUACAACGCCUUGGCAUUAAAACGGUAUGGCUUUCGCCGAUUUAUCAAUCUCCAAUGAAGGACAAUGGGUAUGACAUUUCAAACUUCAAGCAAGUUGACCCUGUAUUUGGAACGUUGGAAGACUUCAAAUCAUUAGUAGGAGACAUGAAAUCCAAAGAUAUGAAAUUGUUGAUGGAUUUUGUUGUAAAUCACACCAGCGACCAACAUGAAUGGUUUCAAAAAAGCGUGAAACGCAUACCUCCGUAUUCGGAUUAUUAUGUUUGGUCGGAUCCGAUGCGUGGGACGAAGGAUCAGCCGCCGAAUAAUUGGCUUAGUGUUUUUGGAGGCUCUGCCUGGACAUUCAAUAAGCAGAGGAAACAAUUCUAUCUCCAUCAAUUCUUUCCGGAACAGCCGGAUCUGAAUCUUCGGAGCACAGCUGUGCGGAAUGAAAUAUUGGAUAUAUUUCGCUUUUGGAUGGACGAAGGAGUACAUGGCUUCCGUUUAGACGCCAUCAAACACGGGUUUGAGGAUAUGAAUUUUGACGGCAAGAAUGAGCCCAGUCGGCCCGGGUUCCGUGAAUCGCGAACCGUUGCCGGUGCGGAUCGGAAUUACGAUUCUUUACUUCACAUCCAUACCACGAACCAGCCCGAAACUUUUCCUCUCUUGAGGGAGUGGCGCAAGUUUUUGGACGUUCAUUCUCAGAAGGAUGGCGUACCACGGGUGAUGGUAUCAGAAGUUUACGACGACCCGAAUGUGGUUGCGAAGUACUUCGGUAUUGAUUCAUUCGACCAACUGUCGCAUUUUCCAUUCAACUUCAACCUGCUUACCGACAUAAACAAUGAUAACAUCUCUGGUUUUCUGAUGAGGGACUCUGUUUUGAAAUGGAUCAGUCGAGUACCUCCGCAUGGAUGGAAUAAUUGGGUGGUUGGAAAUCACGACAAUGGACGAAUACGAUCCCGAUUUGAUGAAAAAAUUGUAGAUGCGAUGAAUAUGAUCGUGAUUUUGUUGCCUGGAACGCCGGUCACUUAUUAUGGUGAAGAACUUGGUCUUGCUGAUGGGCCUGAAGCUGAUGAUGCUCAAGCCAGGGAUCCCAUGGGGCGGGAUGUUGCGAGAGGGCCGAUGCCGUGGGAUGAUACGAAGAACGCGGGAUUUUGCUCAAACAAAGCUCCUUGGCUUCCGCUGGGAACUGACCAUCGGACAUCGAAUGUGAAAGCUCAGCUUGCCAGCCAAAGCAGUCAUUUUUCCGUGUACUCAGCGCUGGUGAAACUUCGCGCCCAAUCCGUCUUUAAAUUUGGGGGCAUUUUGUUACCUGACGCUACGAAACAGAUUUUCUGGUUUUUGCGGCAUUUGAAGGGUCAUCGAUCAUAUUUGAUCGCUGCGAACGUGUCGCAGCAGACGGCGGAAAUUAAUUUUCGCGAUUCGAACGAGAAGGGAUUUUUCAGAAGACCACCGAUUGUAACUGAAGCAGGAACUAUUGUUUUGCGCAGCUCCGCGGAUGUUCGCCGAAGAUCGUCGGUCGAUUUGCGCAAACCAGUGACCUUACAACCUCAUGAAGGCGUUGUGAUUCGUUUGGCAUUGAAGUUAUCCUGAAUUAUUUUCCCAUAGUUGCGGACUGUUGAAAUGGGAUGUUCGUGAUUUAUUUUUUAUGAUUGCAUGAUGUGAUUAUGUCCAGUGCUACAGCAAAGUCGAUGAAUAAACACUUUUUCUCGGCGUCCAUUAUUCGAAGA